AGGGCGGUGGGCGGCCCAGGGCGGCGCCCGCUCUGCUUGAUGAUAUAUAAGGAGAGCUUGGGCGGGCGGCGGCACAACACUUGUUGCCAUCACGCAGUAGGUGCUGUGCUCCUGAUCGUCGACGCCGCUGCAACUUCACGACGCUCAAAAUGGUAAAGUUCACCUGCGUGUUGGCGAGCUGCGUGCUCCUCGCUUUCCUUCUCGUCGUGCCCUCGUUCGGAUACCCCAGUAUCAACGACUACUACCGUGAUGAUGGCCAAUACGAUCCUGACGAGAUCAUUGAUAUGCUGGGCCGCCUUGGAAACCUCAUUCAGAUGGAACGCAAAAUGCAGAACUACAAGAAUGACAUUACUAGCGAGAAACGAGCUUUCGAUCUUGGUCUUGGCCGCGGUUAUUCUGGAGCUCUUCAAGCCAAGCAUCUCAUGGGAUUGGCGGCUGCUAACUUCGCCGGCGGCCCCGGAAGAAGGCGACGAAACGCCCAAUAAACACAAGAACCUCACAAUUAUAAAUUCAAAGAUAUAAACCCAUUUUUAUUAACAGUAUUAAACAAUUCGUUAAUAAUAUGCAUUCAAGUGAUACUGAUCGGUCCCACAGACCAAUGCUAUUAGCAAUUCAUCCAUGUGAAAUUAUAAUUAAAAAAAAAAAUACUAAAAAAUAUUCGCGCUUGAAGCAUAUUGUUAUGUAUCUAAAAGUUUUAUAGAAAUAAAUACACUUAAAUAUAUUCUAUUUAUAUACCUAAGUCUGUGGUCAAAUUUAAUUUACAUUUAUAUUUUCAAUAUCUUUAUUUGAAUCAACUUCAUUACAGGCUCUAAAAUUAUAAAAUAAAUAUUUUUUUGUCAAAUACGCAGAUAAUAACUCAAUUAUGAUAAUAAUAAGUUAAAACUAUACAUAUUGUGUAACAAAACUAAAAUUACAUUACUAACAGAAACAUCGGGAAAUUAAAUUAAAUUAUUUUGAUUACUUCCAAUCCUCUAGUCAAAGUCUCUAGUCUCUAAAAAAAUUGUUUUUGAUAUUCAAAAUCCUUUUAUCGACCAGCCAAUUCCAAUCUUGUUUUAAUAGUUCUUUUCAUAAGUUAAUGUAGAAAGAUUUAAGCUUACAUAUUUGGAGUUUCUAUUGUCAUUAAAAUAAUAUACCUGUUUCCUGUUCGUAGUUUACGUCUUAUUGUUCGAUACUUGAGUGAUGCAGAUUUGUUAUUUAAACUUAAAAUACCUUCUGUUUAGACUUUAAUGUUACAAAUAAAGAGAUAUUCAUAUUUA